AUGGCAGCUCUCAACAAGAUCGCUGCUACUUCCCCGUCAAGACAGAAUCCAUCGGAGUUGGAAACAAACAUUGCGAAUGCGCUCUACGAACUCGAAACCAAUAUCCCAGAUCUGAAAAGUGCUUUGAGACCGCUACAGUUUGUCUCGGCCCGUGAGAUUGAAGUCGGCCACGGCAAAAAAGCCAUCAUAAUCUUCGUUCCCGUCCCCCUCCUCCCUGGCUUCCACAAAAUCCAACAACGUCUCACCCGCGAGCUCGAAAAGAAAUUCUCCGACCGCCACGUCCUUAUCCUUGCCGCUCGCCGCAUCCUACCCCGUCCCAAGCGAUCCAACCGCAGCCGUACCUCGCAGACCCAGAAACGACCCCGUUCCCGUACUCUGACCGCCGUUCAUGAUGCGAUCCUCGCGGAUGUGGUGUAUCCGGUUGAAAUCGUGGGGAAGAGGGUUAGGACGAAGGAGGAUGGAAGUAAGGUGUUGAAGGUCAUUCUGGACGAGAAGGAGAAGGGGGGUGUGGAUUACAGGUUGGAUACUUAUGGCGAGGUUUAUCGGAAGUUGACUGGGAGGGGAGUGGGGUUUGAGUUUCCCAUGAGUGCUACAUCGGAGUACUAG